AUGCUCGCUGGCCAAAUAAAACAACUCAUUGGUCUAACAGGAUUGGAUAUACACAAUAAUGAGGUGCACAAGAACAUACUGGCAGCGUUUCAAGGACACAAAGAUGAUCUACCGGUCUUGUACAAGUUGUGGAAGCCAGAGAACGAGAAGCCAAAAUUGGAGAAACAAAUAUUCCGUUCGCCUAAAGGUAUUAUCAAACGGGAUUGGCCACUGAAGUAUUUGGAGCAUAGGCCGGCCGUGAUUGUGUUAUUUCUGGAUUUGAACUGGGAUCAUCCAAAUUGGGCCGAAAAGCUGGUGGAGGUCGAGAGCAAAGUGGCUUCUUUAAAGUAAGAUUUAAAAUCUUUUGUUGAUUUUUAGGUCAUGAAGAUUUACUUUGAAGAGUUGAUGGUAAAAUAGUUUUACAUUUGUAACAUUUAAACAUAAUGCUUACCUAUUUUAUGUCACAAACUUAUAUUUUCAGACAAGGAGUUCCGGUGAAAGAAACAAAGAUAGCUCUCGUGUUAAUACAAAACUCAAACUCGUCAUCAUUAUCUCCGGACGAUUAUUUGGCUAAAGAACGGUCUGUUGAACUCUGUCAGUCUUGCCAGUUGAAUGACAAACAAAUCUUUGUCUUUCCUGAUUAUGAACCUCACAAUGCUGUGGUAAAACGAAUGGAAAACGGGUUGUACGAGUUGGGACAAAGCUUUUAUCAGGCCAUAUUAAGGAGAGUGAGGUUACGGUCUAUUCCUAAUAAUUACUUGAAUUUGACUAUUCGACAACAAUUUAAACUCGGGUUUUUGAGCGAAAUGCGACAGGAUACUCACUCAGCAUUACGGUAGGUUUUUUUCUGUAUUUUUGUUGUGUGAUGGAUAUGAUCUUCUUUGAAAAUAUUAAUUUUUUAUUCUAGCCCCUACCGACAAGCAUAUCAACAUUGUGCCGAUGCUGAGAUUCCAGAUACAGAAUUAUUCGAAUAUUUGGCUGUUGUUUCACUUUUGAGUUACAAAGUAAGUGAAAAUAUUAUUGUUAAUAUUGAAGUUUAGAUCUGCGAACUAUGUUUCUUGAACAAUUUGGCUAGCGAAGCAGUGAAUCAAUUCAGAAAAUUGAAUGCAUCGUUCUUUAACAGACGCGCUGGAUAUUAUCCUUGUAAUGAACUGGCUGAAAUUGAGAUUGGCAAGUGGAAAAGUCAACAGGUAACUAAAACAUUUAAACUUUUAACUUUAAAAAAAGAUAAUUGUUUUAACAAUAAUUAUUAUUUAUGAUUUGGUGUUAAUUUUCAAGGUUUUUAAUUUUAAAGUUAUUAAAAAAUAAUUUUUAAACAUUAUAACUAAUUUGUUAUAGUGUCGUUUGUUUGCGGACUUGUUUAGUCAUGCAAUAGCUAAAGGAUUGGCUGCUUAUCCAUAUCAAAAUCCGGGUCUUCAACUUGAUAUGGCUGCUGACUUCUUGUGCCAAGUUAAUGCUCGAGUUGCACUACUGAAGAAUGCAGUAGGACAGCAUGAAAUUACUGCUGCUCAUAAAAGUGUACUGAAUUACCCAGGUAUCAAUCUUUACAUUUUUUCUAUUAUUGUAGUUAAUUUUUAUAUUAAUCUAAAUUCCAACUUCUUUUUGAUGAUUUCUAAGUUCUUAUGUUAGUAAGGUAUUUUACUUAAAGCUACUUAUUAAGUGUUUACUGCAUUUUUAUAACUUAUAGAAGACUCUUUACACCCUGUGUAUUUCGGACAAAGACCAUGGAGGGUUGGUACUCACAUGAAUUCACAACUCGAUCCUAUAAAGGAACAUGCUGCCAAGCAGGCUUUGGAAGUAAUAUGUCAGCCAAACUAUCAACAAAGUCUAACAUUGUUCUCUGCUGCUAUGAGAAAUUUUCAAAUCUACAGGUGUAAUCGGAUGCAGAGGACUGUGCUUUUGAAAAUGGCUGAUGAAUACUUUAAUUUACGUCGAUUUCAAAAAUCCAUGCAGGUACGUCAAUGUAAUGUUUUUUUAAUUUAAGUAUGUGUUACUGUAAUUUGAGAACAGUGAAAGUUAAUAUGAUGUAUUAGCUUAUAUUAAUGCUAAAGUUGUUGGUGUAUUACACACUUUUUAUCGGUAAAACGUUAAUUUAGGUACUGGUGCACGUAGUGUACGAACUGCGAAGAGAAAACGUGAAUCACAUUUUGUUUCCAAUCCUACAGCGAUGUCUAGAUGCCUCGUAUUGUGACGGAGAUGUAAAAGAAUAUAUUUGGGCUGUCUCUCAGUUACUUAACCCAUCUAUUAUCUUUUCGAUUGUAAAUCAACCUUAUUACGCACAGUUGAAGUUACAAUUGGAAGAGAAUUUCAACAACAUUCUUAAUGGUGUACCGCCGAAAACUCAUGGCAGUUUGUAUACGAGGUUGACACAGAACGAGGUAUGUGUAAGAAUAAUAUAAAGCAAUAAGGCUGUCUUAUUAUUGUAUCAUAUAUUAUACUUUGAAAUAAUGAAACUUGAAAAAAUAAGUUAUAAAUUAGAUUAUUAAUGUGUUAUGAAAAAUCGUUUCAGAUUCAACAAGUUGAGGACAAAUGGCAGGAAGCCUACAAGUCUGAAUUUGAAUAUACUACGAAUUUGACUCGGCUUGAUCCUCAUCUACUGGCUGCAGCCGUCUUUUUACCAACAACUGAAAAUAGGACUGUUAAUUCGGGUGAAAAUGUUCUAGUACAGGUAAGUUCGUUCUACCGUUAUAUUUAGCCAUAAUUUUAAAAAGUUUACUAUGUAGUUAUCAUUUUAAAAUCUUUGAUUGAAUUUGUUCGAAAUAUAAAAGUAAAUUUAGGUAUCAAUUCGCAACGCAUCGUCUGUUCCAUAUCAUUUUGCGGGUUUACAAGCAGAGAUUGAGGAAACUAGUAUAACAAGAGCUUCUUCACCAUCACUAGCACCGACAAAGUUACUGCGAAAAGAAAAUAUUGACAUACCUCCAAAUACGACCACAAAAUUCUAUUUUAAAACUGUACUUGAAGAUUAUGGGGCUGCAAGAGAGCGGACUUUUCAAGUGAGCUAUUGUUUUGGGAUUGCUAGGUUAACUUUUAAAAUUCUCCGGAGCCCUUGGGAGCUUUGGUUAUAAUAUACUAUAAGAGAUGUCAUUAUUUAUGUAAUAAAUUUUCAGCUAACACAUAUCAGACUGAUAAUAGGUGAUGAAGGCAGUAAAGUGCGAGGUUGUUUGGAAUAUGAAAACAUUAUUUCCACAAUGACUCCGACGACUUUUAAGCCCUUGAUACGAUCGGUUUUUACUGGAGACAUUGGAACACCGAGUAUCAAGUUAGUUUAUUAGAUUUUAUAGAAAUUUUUCUAACUAUAAGGUAUUUCGUUUUACUACAAAACUAAAAUAUUGAAAUAUAUUACCUAGUUUCCAAAAUUUGUGUUAAGUAUUUUGAUGUUUAAAAAUUAUCAUGCCUUUUGAAAGUAGUUGCUUUUUAGGUUAGUACCAGCAAAACCAAAUUUGACGUUAAUUUGGCCACAGAGUGAUGUUAUCUACACUGAUGCUCAUAACAAACUCAAGUUCACAUUAAGGAACAAUGAAGACGUGGCAUUGAGGGGUGUGAAGUAAGCAAGGAUGUUUCAAAGUUUGUGUAAAUAAAGUUAAAGUGAUUAUUAGUAAGCAAAAUACAAAAAAAAUAGUAAGCUUACUAUAAAAUGCUGUUAAGAGGGCAUAUUUUAAUGUAUUGUCUUUAUACAGAGUCACAUGUCGUCAGCUGGAGCCAGAGGAAUCUCAAUCAGAAGGCUACGUAUUCCCAGCGCUCUUACUCUGUGAUGAUCAUGGGGAAAAACAACCUCGGUUAACCAAAGAUAUCGCCCCGUAUUUGUCUCCAGGGACUGAAAUUAGCUUCACGCUCAAUUGCUACGCUAAAUGCGUGUUCAAUUCGCAACUUCAGAUUAGGAUCCAAGCAUCAACAGAAGACCCAAAGUACUCGGAAGGUUUGAUUGAAGGUGUAUUCUCUCAACAGUUUACUGGAAAGAAGCUCUUUAAUCAUAAAACUGUUUUGUAUGCACCUAAUGUAAGUUGCGAAUGGUUUUUUUUGUAAAUCUAUUCUAUUGUUUAGAGGUUUUAUAAACAAUAUUGUUUUAGAGGGAGAAGGUUGACUUUUUGAUACAAAGUAAUGAAUGCCGAAUUGAAUGUGUAUGCAAAGCCGAAACUGACGUAGAGAUUGUCAAUGCUACCUUUUCGUUGUCACCAACAUUGUCAAUGAAGUUGGGAUCGGUAGUUGCGCCAGGUAAGAUACUUUAAGCCUUGUAACACUACUUUAUGUUCUUUGUAGUUUGUAUUUUAAUGCUAUCUUUGGAUAUUAUGAAGCUUGUAAUUAUAGUAAAAGUUGUAUUGUAAUCACAGUAAAGUUAAAUUUUUGCAUUUAAAUACUUUAUCCUUCCUGGUUUUAUAAAAACUUACUUUCAGAUGGUAUUUUACAAUCAGGAGAAGAAGUAAAGCUCUCGGCAACAAUAAAAGCACCAGCUGUACUACCAAUGAGUUCCGAAGUUGAGUUGGGAAAGUGUGUGAUACGAUGGAAACGGCCAGAAGAAGAGAAGAUAACGGAAUCUUGGCUGUAUUUAGGUCAGUUCAAUAUACAACAAUGUCCAUUGAAGGUCGAGCCGGUGAUAAGUCAGAAGAAACAUGUCAUGAGGAAGGUGAUCGAGUUGGAGUAUAAGCUACAGAAUCUGACAGAAGAAGCGCUACAUUUUAAGGUUACUGUAGACAGGGCGGAUUCUUUGAUGUUCAGUGGGUAUACGGAGGUAAGAUGGUGAUCUUUGGCUAUUACUAUAUUGUGUUAUGCCAUUUGUUGUAAAAUUAACGUUUUUUGAAAGCUUAUGGUAUAGAAAGUAAAUAGUAUAAAGUAUAUUUAUAGCGGAACGUCAGACUAGCCCCACACGCCAAGGACUCACUCAAGAUUGCGAUGAUAGCAUUAGGUGCUGGUCAGUUGGAUAUUCCUCGCCUCAAAAUUGAAUUCCCAGACAACAAUAUGAACGAACUGGUCCAAAAAUACGCUCUGGGUUACUUAAAGUCCAAUAUCUUCGUGACGGUGUCUUAAUUUAUUCCUGUAUAUUUAUUUUAUAGCAUAAAGUUUUAUUGUUAACGUAAUUUUUAAAUAUUUUGAUAUUACUUUUGAAAACUUCAAAAUUUAAUUUAUAAAGGUGAAAAAUAGAGUAAAAAAUGCAUAUCAACAUACUGAUUUCAUUUGAUUUUACAGUUUCGGAAUUUCCAGUGGAACAAAAAAUUGUAUUCGAAAAGCGCAGGCUGCGAACUGAAAGCGCGAACCACGGCCGAUGGAUAAAAUAGAAUUUUUUAUUUUUUUUCAAGAAAAAAAUGUAGUAUCUGAUGCAAGACAAAGUACGUAUUAUUCCGUAAACAAUUAAUAACAUUUUUAUAUUUUAAAUUUAAUUGUUUUUAUCAAACUAGUUUAUCUUGUAGUAGGUAGCACUUUUAGUAACUUUUAUCAUUGAUUAUGUAUUAUAAAAUGCGGUUGAUGGCUACAUCUUUUUUUAUUGUAUGUUUGUCUACAUGACAGUUUCAAACAGUUUCUUUUAGUUUGUAUGUUUCAAUUCGAAUCUGCUCUCAAACUCGUUAUGUUACAUGACGUGUGUUCUCAUAUUUUGUUUCGAUUUUUUAAUUUGUCGCUUUUUAAAUGGGUUUUUUGUUAUUGAUUUUGCAUGGAUGGAAAUAUAUCAUGUUCGUAUGAAAGCAAUGUCUUCAUUUUAUUGGAAAUAACAUUUCUCACAAUGCUUUAGAGUUAAUAUACUUUAACAUUAAUGUAGUAUCAAUAAAAACAUGUUAUAGGUCUUGAAUUUAGCUAUUUUAGGGUUUACGUAUCUAUAAAACGUUUGUGACGCGCGCGCGAGAAUUAUUUAAUUGGUAGUAAAUUUUAAAAUAAUUUGAGUUUUUGCUUUGUAUUUAAUCAUCUUACUCAUGAUCAUGCUUUAGGUAUCAUGACAUCGGCUUCGUCGUUGGCGGACGAUGCCGAAUUGUUGAAUUUAAAUGAAAGUGGGGCAACCAGCGACGACUGGGUGAAAGAUUUGAGUGAAUCUUCAGAUUCUCCGUCACAGCCUUCUGGAAACAAUAAUAUCGAGAAGCUGGAAAGUUUGUCAGAACGAUGGGAGGUAAGCUUAUUUUACUUUUUUUUGCUUUUAGAUUAUUUUUAGCUACAGAUUGAAACCUUUUUGAGUUUGAUCAAGUUCAUGUUAACUUUUAAAAAAGACUUUUAAAGUACACCAUUCGUCUUUGUCAUUGUAUACAUGUUUAUCCACAAUAUUCAAUGUGAUUGAUAACAUGAUUACCUAAAUCUUUGACGUUUCAGGGAUUUCUUGGAGUAAGAAACAGGCCUGACCCGUUGUUAGAUUGGGAUCAGUUGUAUAAUUUAAAAAAUCAAGCAAUUUUGCGAAAAGAUACGAGAAAGAUGUUCGAAAGUCUUCACAACUGUAAGAUACCUGCUCAUGAAGUAGAGAGUUUGAUCACUUUGUACUGUAAAAAACGACAUAUUGAGUACGAAACAGGGAAUGGCUGGUUGGACAUAAUCAAAGUGUUAUUACACGUCGAUUUCGAUGCUUCUACGUUAUACAACGUGUUCUAUGCUAUCACUACCAAAUACAUUCCAAGGUAUGCUUUUUCGUUUUAUUAUUUUGGUUUUUAGGUAGUUUAUUAGAUUUUAUAUUUAUGGAUAAUGUGGAAGGCAAAAAUAGAGUUUUUUCUAUAUUUUUUGUGUUUUUUUCUAUAUUUUUAAGACUUACUGUACUAUAAUGGAAGACAUAGGUAUUGACUUUAAGCUUUAUAUUAUAACUAGAAAGUAUUUUUAUAGGUCGUCGGACGCAGAUGGUAAAGUUUAUGACUUGUUUCGCCUAAUACUACAAUAUCACGACCCUCAGCUUUGUUCUUUCUUGGAUUCCAUGAAGAUUCAGCCUCAACAUUAUGCUAAAGAAUGGUUCACUUCACUUAUGUCAAAGAGUUUAACACCAGAUGUUUGUCGCUGUGUUUGGGAUCUUUAUUUUCAGCAGGUAAGCAUUAUUAUUGUAGGCUUAAAAACGUCGUAUAUUACUGUAUUAUCUAUUUAUUGCGCUUUUUGGGAAAGUAUGAUGUCAACAAUAUAACACAAAAAAAACAAUAACAAUAUUAUUAUAGGGAGAUCCUUUCUUACUGUUCUUUGUAUCUCUGUCUUUUCUUCAAUGUGCCAAAGAGAAUAUAAUGAAGUUGAAAAACCGUGACAAAGUAAUAGAACACAUUGUAAAGUCUCCGAAAGACAUGUCAGUGGAUGAUAUACCAGAUCUGUUUGAUGUGUGUGUAGUAACGAUGAACUACACUCCAAUAUCAUUGAGACGAGACUUUCAUUGUCUGUUGUUUGGAGCUAACUUGGUCGAUGAUUUCACUGACUUUCCAUUGAAUCGGAUCAUCUGCUUACCUGUUUCGACUGGGGAAAUUUAUAAAAAAGUUAUCGACUUGAAUGUCAAUGCUCCUGUGGUAAGUUCAUAGGCUUAUUUUAUGGGUUUUGUGCUUUUUUAAGGUUGGGGGCGAUUUUUAGGUAAUUGUUGGUUUUUAUUUAGAGGUAUUUUUGUUUACAACACUUGUAGUACUAUAGAUAAACGUAUCGGAAAUGAAUAGCAUUGUAAUAUAUACUUAUUCAUUUAUUUUUAGCAAAUUUUCAACUAUUUUAUCAUUGACACUCGGCCACAUGACAUCUUUGUAACUGGAUCAAUACUCGGCGCCUAUAACCUGAAUGGUCAAUUAAUAAUCGAGGAGCCAGAAAACUUUAAAAUCGCAAUGACAUCUUUAUUACAAUUCAAACAAAACACGCAUCCAAAAGAUCACAUUUGUUUCGUUGGGUCUGGAGAUUCCGAAGAAGAUGCUACAAUGUUCAUGGUUAUCGCCAGAUUUCUUCAGCAAAACAUACCUAACAUAAGUUAUGUUGAUGGAGGUUUCAAGGGAGUUCAUUUGAUGUUGCAGGAAAUGAAUGCUUUGGGAAAACUGAAUAAUCACAUUGAUCCGGAGAAAUGUGCUGAAUGUUGUAGUAAAGAGGUUGGACAAAGCUUGGUAGGUGGUUUUAGGAAUAGUUUUGUCUUGUGAAACGAAAUUUAUACAUUUGGAUUAUUCAGUAUAACGUUUGCUUGUUUUUUAAUGUUUUAAAUGUUUUUCUCAAGUAAUAUUAUUCUAGAUAAGGUACACACAUUUUUCUAUAAACGUGAAUUUCAGAGCAUAAUGGAGAAGAUGAAACGAGCUGUUCAAGCAAAGAAGGAUGCCAUAUCGACGGCUGUCUCAGGAAUGGUGGAGUCCACUAGUCAUACCAACUUCAAGCAUGCCAAACCUUCAGAUAGGAACAGUGGGAAAAGGUAUAAGAACAUGCACAGCGUGUUUACAAUCAACAAUUCUGAAUCAGAAUCUAGCGGAGAUGAAGAUAUGGGCACUGGCAUUGUGGCUGCUAGUAAGGAGAAGGUCAGUUUUACUAUUUUUUUUAGUUUUAUGUUUGUUUAACGUAAGUUUUUUUUACUUUCAAGUAUAACAUACGAUUUUUUGAUUGUCUGGUAAAUUUUUAAAGUCAAAAACAAUUUUUUUCAGAAGAAAUGGUUGGAAGUACAAAAGCAACAAGAUGUUUUCAAGUUCUUCGAAGGUCACGAAGUUUUUCAAGACAAAACACACACUAAAUGUUUUAUCGUCGUAUCAUACAGCCAUAUGCUGAUAUAUCAUGAUGAAGGUGAUGGAUAUGUAAAGCUAACAGCCCAACAUUCUCUAUCGUCAAUUGUGAGAGUAACUUCGAAGAGGAAGGUUCCAGAGUUUCUGACUUUUAAGGUAAGUCUUAUUUUUAGGGGUUUGUUUUUGCCGGAGGCUAUAGCUAUAAAGGGUAUUUUUGACCAACCUAUUGCUGUUGAUAACUAAAAUGUACCUAAAAUUGACUUGUUUAGUUUGGCUAUGAAAAUGCGUUUGGAGAAACCCAAAUAACGAGAGUUCAUUGCUUCCUUUUGGCCAAAUCUGGCGAUUGUGCUCAAGCCAUUAAGCAAGUUAUGAGUAGAUCAAACAAUGUCAAUUUGGCUUCACCGACUGGCUCAGCGUCAUAA